AACAACAAAAACAACACCGCGAUUAGUUACUAAUAGAAAUACAUUUAAAUGGUCCAACGUUAAACAACAGCUGCCGUCGGAAAGAACUCGUGAAAAUGUGCAGCAAGAGCGGCCCCCCGACUGCAGGACAGUGAAAAGUGCGUGAAAAUGUAGCGGAGCUGAAAGUUUUCUCGCGAAGAAAAAAAAGAAAAUCGGUGCAAGAGAAAAAACAAAAAAGCAGAAGCAGAGGAAAAUACAGCCAAAUGCGAAUGUGAAUGUGAAGGCAAAAUUGAAGCGGCGCAGCGACAUAAAACGCGAUAAACCCGGCGCAGGUCGACUGAUAAGCGGAGUAGCUAUCUGAACUUCAGCGAUAAUUCCGGAGCACGGGCGGAGAAGCGACCAGCCCGAGCCUAUCAGCGGAUCGCAUCCGGAGGAUCCGGAGGGAGCAUGUCGCACGGCGGCGCCGGCGGCAGCGGCGGUCUGGGAGCGCAAACUGUGGGUGCCGGAAAUCUCGGUGGCGGUGCAGCAGCGGCAGCGGCGGCGGCAGCAGCAGCGGCAGCGGGCGGCGGCGGAGCUGGCGGAGAGUACCGUGAACUCCACUGGACAGUAUCGAGUGUAAUGGACUCGUCGCGCGUCUCCACCUGCCUCAUUUCGAUGCUGCUGAUCGUAUACGGCAGCUUUCGGUCCCUCAACAUCGAGCAGGAGGCUCGUGAGCGGGAGCAAAAGAAGCGCAACGAAUCGAUGACCAACCUGCUCACCGGCGAGCAUGUCGAGAAGGAGCCAAUUUCCAUUUUCACAGCGGAUAAAUUCGCCACCUUGGACACGAUGCAUGCUCUGUGUUUGCCCCUCGGAGCUUCCAUAUCCCUGCUCAUCAUGUUCUUCUUCUUUGACUCGAUGCAGCUGCUCUUCGCAGUUUGUACAGCAAUCAUUGCCACCGUGGCGCUGGCCUUCCUGCUCUUGCCCAUGUGCCAGUACAUCAUCCGGCCGUGUACGGACGGCAAGCGUUUCUCCUUUGGCAUAUGUGGCCGUUUCACGGCGGCUGAGCUCUUUAGCUUUACGCUCUCAGUGUCGAUUGUGUGCAUCUGGGUGCUCACCGGCCACUGGUUGCUGAUGGAUGCUAUGGGAAUGGGCCUUUGUGUGGCCUUCAUUGCAUUUGUGCGUCUGCCCAGCUUGAAGGUGUCCACGCUGCUGUUGACCGGCCUGCUUAUCUAUGACGUCUUCUGGGUAUUCCUCUCCUCGUAUAUCUUUAGCACCAACGUGAUGGUCAAGGUGGCCACGCGACCCGCCGAAAAUCCAGUUGGCAUCGUGGCUCGCAAGUUAAACUUGGGUGGUAUUGUGCGGGACACGCCGAAGCUGAAUCUGCCUGGAAAGCUGGUCUUCCCCAGCAUCCACAACACGGGUCAUUUCUCUAUGCUGGGACUGGGCGAUGUCGUGAUGCCCGGACUGCUGCUGUGUUUCGUCCUGCGGUACGAUGCGUACAAGAAGUCACAGGGCGUCACAUCGGAUCCCACAUUGUCGCCACCCAGGGGAGUUGGCUCCCGGCUGACAUACUUUCAUUGUUCCUUAUUGGGUUAUUUCUUGGGUCUGCUAACGGCAACGGUCAGCUCCGAAGUCUUUAAAGCGGCUCAGCCGGCACUUCUGUAUCUAGUGCCGUUUACGUUAUUGCCCCUCCUGCUGAUGGCCUAUCUAAAGGGCGACCUGCGUCGCAUGUGGAGCGAACCCUUUAUCGCGCAACAACCAUCAAAACAACUGGAAGUCUGAGUGUACUCUAUCUAAAAAGCAAAGAAAAACAAACAAAUUGAAGAAAAACACACAUAUAUAAGAUCUAAUACUAACGUUUUUCUCUUAAAUAACGUAUUGAGUAUGAAUUUUUUAACUCAACUUAACUAAGUUUCGUUUUUAAGUUAGGUGAUCCUCGUUUUCAUAGUGAAAUAAAAACAAAAACCGAGUAAUUAUAGUUUUUAGCGUAAGCGGAAAGUUUUCUAUUUGCAUAGUUCAUUCAGAUUGGCUUUAAAGUCUCAAACCAUGCCGAUAAUUAGCGAGUAGAGCAAAGAUCAAGCGAAAUAUUAGUUACAGUUCAUAGUUCAUAUCUGUAAAAGAUAGCGAAAGACUAGAAAACAGUUUGAGAUUCGAAUUUUAGCCGCAUCCAAUCAUCAUCCACUCACAAAAUCUGUUCCGGGCAAAAUGUUCUGUAAAUAUACUUAAGUUGAUAAUGCAUAACGAUGAGAAUAUAUAUACGUAUAUGUAUUGAUAACAAACCACCAUGCAACAAAUAAUAGUUAGUAAGCUCGCCUUCAUACACA